UGCAUACUUCAAGUUAGUGGAGCACCGUUUAAUCUGGAAACGCAUUAAUAUAUUCUUUUUAAAUAUUUGACUAGUGUCAAAUUACAAAAUGCUAAGGAAACGAAAAUUAUCUAAUCUGCACAGGAGGUGUCGUUUUUGUUUAGAGGAGCAUGAUUGUAUGAGUAAUUUAUUCGAUGAUGGUCUGCAAUUGCAAAUCAAGGAUCUUAGCAAGUGUACCUCCAUUGAUAUUAAAGAUGAAAAAGGUUUGCCCAGUGUCCUCUGUUAUCAUUGCUUAUACAAAUUGAAUAUGUGGAAUGAAUUUAGAGAACAAUUUAUACAGUCUAAUGAAUUGUUGUUGAAUCAUUUGGAAUUAUCCGAAGUAUCUGAUAAUACAGUAUCGCAAUAUAAAAGAAAACUUGCAGAAUUGGAGCUGAGUAGCGAUGACAUUUUAUCUGAUUCUAAUGACAAGAAAAAGUUAAAAUCAGAAGUUCCUCCAUUAAUACCAUUGGAAUUUGCAAGCGUAGAUUGCGUGGCAGAUCAGAGUAUAUUGAAAGAAAUGUAUAUAUCAGAGGAUGAGCCUGCAUCUUCGAAAGAUUCAUCUCAAAAGACUAAUGACAAUAUCGGUAAGGAUAAAUUUGAAGGAACUAAUGAAAAUGAAGGGAAUACUCAAGUAAAACCAACUUUAGUACCAAUGAGAGUUAAAUCUUUGAGUGGUAAGAAAGGUAGAACGACGGAGAGAAGAAAAGCUUCUACCAAACGUUGGGUAGCAAGAAAAAAAGCUCUUUUAGCAGCAACAGGGGAACGUGCCUCAGAUACUGAUUCUAUUUCUGAUGAUCAAUUAUCACCUGUACAGAAAGCAAGAGCUAAAACAAAUGCGGAUAAAGAAGCUGAGAGACAAAAACGAUUAGUCAAAGUACUAAAAAAUUUAGAAAGUAAUAUAAGUAGUAAAUAUGAUGUUAACCACGAUAGCGACAACAUUAGUAUAGAUACAGAUUCAGAUUCUAGAAGAACAAGAUCUCAAACAGCGGUCAAUAGUGAUGCUGUGUCCAGUGAGACUAAAAGUCCAUCUACGAAGCGAGAUAAUAUGCAAGAAAAAAUGACAAAUAAAUCAUUUCUACAAAAUGUGGAAAAAGACAAUUCUUCUAUUUUUAUCCAGGAGUGCGAUAUUACAGAUGAAUCUAUCAAAAAGGUUCAAUCAAAUAACGACCAGGACGAAUUUUUACCGCAUUCAGUGAAAUCUGAAUUAGAAGUCGGUGAUGCGAAAUAUAUCGUAACAAUGACAUUGGAAUUGACUAAACCGGAAUACAAUAACAAAAUGCAUUUAAAUAAUUUACCUAAAGAAUCCAAAACUUUAAAUAUAGAUGAAAAUAGUCAAGAAAAAAAUACAGAUAUCAUUGAUGCUGUACAGUUACGUAGGAUUCAUCCAACGACAAAUGAUUCUAAUGAUAAAAAGUUUAUUGAAAAAUGUUUGAACAUAGAAGUGGAGGGAAAAGAAUUAGAAAUUCUUAAACAAAUUCAGUACGAAUUAGCUGACUUUAUUGAAACAAAAGUAAAAUAUAGAUUGUUUGGAUUAAAUAGCAACGAUUUAAACAAUGAAGAAUUACAAAAAUUCUAUAGCUCAUCUUAUCAAGCAUUAGAUCAAAAAUUAAAAAAUAUUAUUGAAAAAACGAUAAAGAAAAAUAGUGAAGGCUCAUUUAAAUCAUUUGAAUUUCCUAAUAGCCAAUCCAGAACCGUUUCGGCAGAAUUUGUUAAAUCAGCAAUGGUAUCAGAGAAAUUUCAACCUUCUGUUGUAUUAAAGGUUUUAGAUUUUAUAGAGGAAAGUAAAUUUCAUAAAAUUAAUAAUUUACACGUUCUCGAUAAGCAAAAACCUAUAAACAGAAUGAAUAAUCCUUUUGAAAUUUUACAUCAUAAAAGAAAAAGAGUGCCAUCUAAAAAAUACAAUGAUUACAAUACAUCUACUAUGGAUUCAGAUUCCAAUGAAUCGGAAGAAAUUAUUUCGCAUAAGUUAUCGCCUAAUCCGAAAGUAUAUUCGUCAUCUGCUAAAAAAGAACUAGAGUUGAAGAAACAAUCAGUUCAGAAAAUUUCAGAACAUAAUAUCUUAAUAACAUCAACACCCGUUGCCAAAAAAUCUACAACUUCAUUUCGACAAAGUAUAGAAAAUCGUAGGAAUUCAACGAAUACCAACUCGAUGAUAAAUGCAAAACACGUUUGCGGUGUAUGUAAUUUAUUUUUCAAUGACCGUUCGGAGAUCGAGGUACAUAUGAAAUUGCAUAAAGUGGACAAUACUAUUUCACGACCCAGCAAACAUAAAAUGAUGCGUUGUAAAAGAUGUCACGAAAUUGUAGAGGCUAGAUUUGUAAAAUCACACGUAUGUCGUUCAACGAAGCAAUUACAUAAAUGUUAUGUAUGUAAUUUUGUAUUUAGAACAGAAAAGUUAUUAGCGCAUCAUUUAGAAAGUCACGAUAAAUCCGAAUUUAAUAUUGAUAAUAUAGCUAAAGUUGAUUCUAAAAAAUUGUCAGAUACAAGUAAUCGAAACACUUCAAUGCUUGGUACUGCAGUUAAGGAUCAAAUGAAAAAAUCAAUUGUAGGUACUAAUAUGAAAACAGUAGAAAAUACUGCAUUAGAAAGUAUAAUUAUUUCUAAGGGCGCAAAAUUAGAUGGAAUGAAAGGUAUUGAGAAACCUAAAAAUACCUAUACUUGUUUUGUAUGUGAUAAACUUUUUACAGACGAGGAGGUACUGAAAGAUCAUUUACAAAAACAUUGCGAAGAGAUGAGUGAAGAUGAACAUAGUACAGGAAAAGAACAAUACCAAUGUGCGAUUUGUGGCGAUUCCAUGGAAUCGGAAGAUGCACUUGGGGUACACGUAGAAAAACAUCUUUUUGAUGACGAAGACGACAAUCCUAAUCUUAUUACGAUAGGAACUGAGAAUGAUAAAGCAAAAGAAUCAUCUCAUCAAUGUGCACAAUGUUCAGAAACAUUUAAUUCAGAAAUAUUAUUAGAAAUACAUAUGCAAGGACACGCAGAAGAAUCUGCAAUAGAAGAAUGGGAGAAGCAAGGAAUGAAGGCAUAUGAAUAUCAAUGUAUGAUCUGUGAUGAAUUAUUUGAAGCUGAAGAAGAAUUGUCCGAACAUUUGGAUGUACAUAAUAGCAAUGCGCAUGUAUGUCAAUUAUGUGAAAAACCAUUUCCAACGCUUCUAGAUUUACAACAACAUGUUGCAACUCACUGAUAUAAAUAUACCACAACUUUACUUUUGAUAUAAUAAUAAUUGUUAUAUAUUAAUGUUAAUCUAAUGUAAUGACAUAAGAUUAAAAAGUUACGUGGGUUUUCUUUUUUAUGUAAGAUUAUGUAAUGAAAAUUAUUGUUAGUAUAAAUGGUUAAGAAAUUAAGGAAACAUACAAUACAGGAGAAUCGCAUAUAUAUGCAUACAUUCACAUAUUUACGAUUAUUUUAUUUUAAAUAUCUGUUAAGUAUAUGAUCAAUAUAGUUAUUUAAUUUUCAUGUACAUGUUUUA